CCCUGACCCUUAAAAUCUGAGCCUUUAAAAGUCUGCGGCGCUCCGAAAGUCCACAACAACAAUGGGCCGCAGGAAACAGAGAAGGCCCCGGAAGGUAGCCGAGGAAGAUUCGGAAGAAGAAAUGUGGAUUUGCUAUGAUGUGUUAACACUGGUGACGGAUAGCCAGUUUUCCUCCUACAGAACCAGCUGGUGGGUCUUUAACAGGAGAGAAAACAGUCAGCUUACAAAGAUACAAGAGGACAGAAGAUCACAAAUGACAAUACACCACAGGACUCCCAGGGACUUGUCACACAGUACACAUCCUACAGAUGAGGGUCUUUCAAAUUCCCUGCUGGAGAAAAACACUGGAAGACAUCAAGAGCUGGUCAGGAAGAUCUAUUUGAUAAAACAGCAUGUAUUUCUGGACGAUGUUCAGUUCAAGGCACCUUUAGGGGGACACUUCACGUGAUCUACAAGAUGAAGGGCGAAGGUAUUCAGAACAGGAUUGAAAUGGCAUGGGACCUUGUGUUUCCGAGACUAACUUUGAGGACAGUGGUGGAAAAGGCCUACUGUGAGAGGAAAACUGUACGAAGCACCUGGUUCUAGUCACACCAGUGCCCAAAGGCCUGUGAAAGUGUGUGUGUAACAAGACCUCACUGUGUCACUGUGUAUCAGGAGUACAAAAAAACAGUUAAAGGCAUUUCAGCACUCUGGAGAGAGACAAUAUGAAGAUGUUUAACAGCCAACUGCAGACGCACAAGUCAACACUGACCAUCUCUAGGGAUUGUAAUGUACAACAGCAGCAGAUUAUCCCACAUAAACAUUGCUGGAAAAUACAGAUCAUGGCGAUACAUUUGUGUAUAAAAAUAUAUAUAUGUAUAACUGAUAAUGCAAGGUAAAAACCUUAUUGCUUCAUAUUACAUUUAUUGCACUUUCUUGUCCUUUUUUUAAUAUGUCGGUUCAACUAUAUGUACUGCUGGGAGGGGGGGUAAGAAAUUCAUGUUUAUUAGAAACCUUUUGAAUCAAACAUACAUGUACAUGUAGCCUCUUCUGCAGUGCCAUUAGAUCUAUCUGACAACAUUGUAACAAAAAGGAUGCCAAUGAUUAUAUGAUAAAGUGUACAUUUUGGGUGUGUCUCUGAUUGCAUAUUGAACAGUAAACCUUUAGAUGGGACAGCAACAAUGUUGCACGAUAAACUUGCAUCCAUCUUAAAUGCGGGUCU